UAGAAUUGGGCGUGUUAAUGUGGAGCGUUCGUCCACAAUCGAUCCGGCAUCUUCACAAUCGUUAAUGACCGUUGCCUUCCGCCGUUUACCCUUCCCCUUCUAGUGUGCUACAAGUGCCACAUGCUCUUCCUUACAAAACUUCCACGAAUCCAACGGUAACUUCCAGUUUAUGAAAUUGAAUGCCUUUAUUCAGCAAUGCAUUUGAGGAUCACAUAGCUUCUCUUAUCCAAAAAUGCCCGGGCAUGAAAACCCUACGCCAAAUCCACGGGCGUUUACUCCGGAACCAUAUUCUUUCAUCUUCCCCUUUUACUUUUACGCUAUCCAAAAUCAUUAGUUUCUGCGCCCUCUCGCCAAAUGGUGACAUUCACUAUGCCCAACGCGUGUUCGAUGAUAUUCUCCAACCAAAUGUCUUCUCUUGGAACUCCAUGAUAAGGGGUUUCUCCCAGGUUCAAAACCAAUCCAGUGAGCCCAUUGCAUUGUACAGGAAGAUGCUGUCUUCUGGCUUUGCUAAUCCAAAUAGUUUCACCCUUGCUUUCGUCCUGAAAGCCUGCUCAAACAUCUCAGCCUUGAGCGAAGGACGACAGGUCCAUUCCCAUGCGUACAAAUAUGGUCUUGAUUCAAGUCCUUUUGUUCAGACUGGGUUGCUGAAUUUUUAUGCCAAGUGUGAGGAGCUUGCUUCUGCAAGGUUUGUUUUUUGUGAUAUUUCUGAUAAGAAUUUGAUAGCAUGGAGUGCGAUGAUUAGCGGGUAUGCAAGGAUCGGGAUGGUGAAUGAAGCGUUGGGAUUGUUUAGGGAGAUGCAGGAGGCGGGUCUCUCUCCCGAUGAGGUCACAAUGGUGAGCGUCAUCUCAGCUUGUGCAAAGGCUGGAGCAUUGGAUUUAGGGAGAUGGGUUCAUUCAUUUGUUGAUAGGAAGGGGAUUAGAGCUGAUUUAGUAUUGAGUACUGCGCUGAUUGAUAUGUAUGCCAAGUGUGGUUUGAUUGAGAAGGCAAAGAAGGUGUUUGAUGAUAUGGUAGAGAGGGAUACAAUGGCUUGGAGCACAAUGAUUGUUGGCUUUGCAACUCAUGGGCUUGUUGAUGAUGCUUUGAAGCUUUUCUCAAGGAUGUUAGAUUCAAAGGUGGAACCAAAUCAUGUGACUUUCCUCGGAGUUCUAUCAGCCUGUGCCCACAGUGGUAUUGUAAGAGAUGGCCGAAGGUUUUGGUCUGCCAUGCAUGACUCGGGCGUUCAACCACUGAUGGAACAUUAUGGAUGCAUGGUUGAUCUACUUUGCAGAGCUGGCCUUUUCGAAGAAGCAUAUUCAUUUGUUCGAAGGAUGCCUUUUCCACCAAAUGCUGUAAUUUGGAGGACACUUCUGGCAGGAUGUAAGAAAAAUGAAUUUCAAGAUAAGGAGGCAAUUAUAGCUGAGCAUCUCCUUCGAUUAGAGCCACUAAAUGCAGAAAAUUAUGUUCUUUUAUCAAAUAUAUAUGCACUUAGAUCCCAUUGGGACAAGGUGAGUAAGAUGAGGAAGAAGAUGAAGGACAAUGGCGUCAGGGUUAUUCCAGGCUGCAGCUCCAUUGAAAUUGAUGGUUUUGUGCAUAAAUUUAUUGUUAGUGAUGAUUCGCAUCCGGAGAUGAAGCAGAUUAGGGAAGCAUUGAAAGGCAUAUCCCGACGUGUGCGACUUUCGGGUCAUCUACCAUGGACUUCAUCUGUUUUGCAUGAUGUUGAUGAAGAGGAAAAGGAGAAUGCUCUCUGUGAGCACAGUGAAAGGUUGGCUGUUGCUUUUGGGCUAAUAAAGACUAGAACACCUACAGUGAUUCGGGUUGUUAAGAAUCUAAGAUUUUGCGCUGACUGCCAUGAAGUGAUAAAAAUAAUAAGCAAGGAAUAUGGUAGAGAGAUCAUUGUAAGGGACCGAGUUCGAUUUCAUCGGUUUGUUAGUGGAACAUGCUCGUGCAAUGAUUUCUGGUGAUUGCAUCUCUAAAAUUAAUGGAUAAGCAGCGCAAUCAUUAGCUGUCUUACACUAUGGGUGUCAAAUUGGAUUCGUUGGUCGGAUUCGAGGCUGGCUUGAAAUUGACCUGAUCUGAAACUGCUUGACUUGAACCCAACUCGCCUUCAACUCGUUGGCUUGAACUCUCCACCUGUAUAACCCAUCUAAAAUAAGGCAUAGCAGUUAUUCAAGUCAAAUUUGGGUUGCCGGUUUGAUUUUAAAUCAAUUUCGAAUUGGAGGGUUGAUUUUGGGUUGACAAGUCACGACUCGAAUCCAACUCGAUAAAUCAAACUAAUCAGGACUCCCAAUCCAACAAUUUUCGGGUCAACCCAAACCCAGAUCUUCAAGUAGACUUCGGGUCGAGUUGGCACCUCGGGUCAAUUUUUGACACCCUUAUCUUACAUCAUAUAUGUUGUUGUUUCGACGAUGGUGGAAAUCUGUUUUACUAACUUAUUUCCAACCAAUAUGGUACAGUCAAGGCAACAUCUUUGGAGUGGGAAAAAAAGGUUGUCUAGAAACAGUGCUUCGGUCACUCGCCCAUUUUGUUGUUGAGGAAAAUAAAUCGUCUGUCUUAUUAUCAAUAUUCGGUUUUUGUG